AUGAUUUAUAAGGCAUGUGAAGCAGGACUCCAUGAAAAGCGAGGUGUUGAUGGUAGAAAUAUUCUUCACUUGGCAUCAGAAAAAGGCAAUAUAAGACUAGUUAGAUACAUUAUUGAAAUUGGCUGUGGCAUGGAAACAAUGAAUUUUCGUGGAUGGACUCCACUCAUUUGUGCAGCAUAUAAUGGCCAUCAUGAAUUAGUCAAGUAUCUAAUUUCUGUUGGGGCAAAUCUUGAAGCAUCAAACUUGAUUGGAUGGACUCCUCUUUUCUAUGCAGUAUAUAAAAAUCAUAUUAAAGUUGUUAAGCAACUUAUGGCUGCAGAUGCUAAUAGAUAUGUCAUGGAUUCACAUGGAAACACUUUACUUACUCAUGCAAAAGGCAUAGUAAGAGAUUAUCUAACAAUAGUUGGUACUUACUAA